UGAAUGCGGGCUAAUGAGUGAGCGAAGAGAGGAAAGGAGGUUGUGCGCGAGCUAGGAAAGGAAAGAAAAGGAACACCCUACAUCUUGCCUUUAGCCUCUGUUUCCUGCUGUUCUGUUUUAUUAUUUUAUAUAAAUACAACCUUUGGACAGCUCGGUGGGAUUUUCCUUCAGAAGGAAGAAGAAAAGAAUCGAAAUAUUUUUUUACGGGAAAGAAAAAUCAGUUCGUCGCCUCAAAUUCAAACAUCCGGGGAAGCUAGCUCGCUCGCGCCGUCGGCUAGCUCGCACAACCGAAACAUUUAAGCUAAGCUAAACUAAACUAAAUAUUUAUCUCGUAACUUUCUGUAUUUUUCUUCCUGAAAACGCUCAUUUGUGUUUGUUAAGCAAAUAAGUCUUAGUGUAAAAUAUAUAUAUAUUAAAAAAUAAAUAAAAAACAAACAAAAAAAAAACAAAGUCGACUGUUUAUAGAUAGAUUUCUCUCGCGCACAGAUUUUAAAGGCUCUGGUUUGUAGGUUAAAAACUCCUGAAUCGCGCUUGGUCCAGCUUCAGCCUCGUUACGAAUUCAACAGCGUGUUUAACGGCGUCUUGAGAGAAAGGGUGUAGUUAUAAAAUGGCCGGAGUGAACAGUGUAGAAGCGGUGAAGCGCAAGAUUAAAGUUCUGCAGCAACAGGCGGAUGAGGCCGAGGAGAGAGCCGAGGUCCUGCAGAGACAGGUCGAAGAAGAAAAACGCUCAAGGGAGCAGGCCGAGGCGGACGUCGCUUCUCUGAACAGGCGCAUCCAGCUGGUUGAAGAGGAGCUGGAUCGAGCUCAGGAGAGACUCACCACAGCUUUGCAGAAACUGGAGGAGGCAGAGAAGGCUGCAGAUGAGAGUGAGAGGGGCAUGAAGGUGAUUGAGAACAGGGCCCUGAAGGAUGAGGAAAAGAUGGAGCUGCAGGAGGUCCAGCUGAAGGAGGCCAAGCACAUUGCGGAGGAAGCUGACCGCAAAUACGAGGAGGUGGCUCGUAAGCUUGUCAUCAUCGAGGGUGAUUUGGAGCGCACAGAGGAGCGAGCAGAAGUUGCUGAGGCCAAAAGUGCGGAAUUGGAGGAGGAGCUGAGAAAUGUCACCAAUACCUUAAAGUCCUUGGAGGCCCAAACUGAGAAGUAUUCCCAGAAAGAGGACAAGUACGAGGAAGAGAUCAAGAUUCUCACGGAUAAGCUGAAGGAGGCUGAGACCCGCGCCGAGUUCGCCGAAAGAUCAGUGACCAAACUCGAGAAGACGAUUGACGAUUUGGAAGAUGAACGCACAGAAACUGAGCGCGAGGCCAUUACAGAAGAGCUGGACCAUGCUCUUAAUGACAUGACCUCCAUGUAAAUACUUAGCAUGUGUGUGCAAUAGAGUGAGCGCUGCAUGUGACUUCAAGCCUGAGACUUGCACUAGAUGUUUAGGAUAAGGUCCUCUCAUGGUGCAUACAAGUGAACAAGCAGAUUUUGUGUGUGGGCUUUCAGUUUUUGUUUUUUUGUUUUUCUAGUUUCCUGCUGAACAAGUAGGUUCACCAACCGGAAAGGUGAAAAACUACUCCUUAUUGACUUUAGCAAAAGUUUUCAUUUGGCAUCUAGGCUAUAUUUAAACAUUAACAGGCUUCAUGGUGAUGUGAUGGUCUGUCCCUCCAGGAUUACGCGAUUUUAAGAUCACAGAAAUUAACGCAAAAUCGAGCAAACUCCGCAAUAUUCGGUGGAGCUUGCGGGUCAAAAUUUUCCGCAGGUUUGGGCCGAGACGUGUCAUGUGACGUCAUCAAAUCGCGUGUUCAGCCAGAGAUCUCAUCGAUUCAUUUGUGUCGGACUUGAGCACAGCUAAACGGUCUCGAUUACCAACAAACAUCACAUGCAAAACAAUUUCGUAUUAUUCAAGUAGUUUUCAACAAAAAGCACAAAAAUUUGCACGUCUCAUUGUAAAUUCGGAUGCAGCCAUAGUCUUUUGUAACCGUUCCUACCAAGUAUUUCUAAACAAGUCCCAAUUUGUUGCUGCCUUACUGAAUCAAUAAAUAAACGAGUACCUUUUGAGAGAGAAUAAAGGGUGCAAGUCAAACUCGAAUGCUAUGUUUAUGUGCGAGUACCAGGGACUUGCUGGCUUUUUGUCGAGGACAUGAACAUGAUGUGCUACAUUUUGCUACUUUUUUUAUUUAGACGAGGUCACACAUUUUGAUCUUUGGUUUCCCCUGAUGCACUUAACUUGCUAACUGUCUUGGCAUGUUGCUAUGCUAGUCUUUUUUUUUUUUUUGCACCCCUGUAGGUUAAUGACUGGUUACUAAUAAUGAUUCUUGGCUCGUCCGAGUUCCUUUUCCUCCCUGGUGAAGUCGCAGAGAACAUACCGGUAGUAGAACAGAUGAAAAUAGACCUGUAGUUACCCACCUACACACCCCGCUGUUGCAUCGCGACCUUAUUGUUUGCUCUUUGCACACUGCUGAGCUCUGUGAGAGCUGUGCUUUAGAUCUAGUUGAGGUUGGUGUGUAUUUUCGAUCACUCUGCAGAAUAACAGGAUUAGCAGCAUGCUAAGAGUGGUUUCCUGCAUGGUGUUGAUCUGGAGUGCAGAGUGGCGUGGGGGGUGGAGCGGGGGUGGGUUGUCAUUACUGUGCAACUUCUUUCAGUUUUCCGUGUUUGUAGUAAGACUGCACAAUAAUGACUCCAGUAAAAAUAAUUUCAUUAUCAUAACGCUGUACGUUUUAUGUAGAAUUUAUUCUUACACACAAAAUCUGCACAUUCGGUUAAUCAGCAUCUUAAUUGUGUGGGUAACUAUGAAUACAACCAGACAGACCUUUUUAGCUUGUUAACGGGCUCUGAUACUUAAAUUUAAAGGAAAGGUAAUCAGCUGAAUAUCUACUGUGUUUGAGUAGCAUGUUAUUUAAUGCACAGCAUCUGAUGCUUACUCAGUAAGAUGAUUUGUAUUAUCAGAUAAGCUCAUAAGAUGUUUAUAAUCACAAUUGGUGGCUUCUUGAAUAACUUUAAUCCUUCAAAACAUGGCUUAGAUGUCAAGGAAACUGUGCACGUUGACUGUAAUGUUGCGUUCCAGUUUAGUUGCUCUCUUGCGAGCUCUCUCUCUCGCCCACAUUCUCU